AUGAUUGAACGUCUUAAGAAGGUGCGCUUGCCGGCCAUCUCGGCGGUUAUCCUGUUUUGCAGUUACCACUAUGCCAGGAUUCUCGGAGUGAUUUGCUUCAAAAUUGGCCAAAGGACCUCUGACCAAUCUUUGGUUGCUCGCAGUCAGGAUCGUUUUAAAUGGUUCUGUAUAAGUUUGCGAGUCAUUAGUGCCACAACCGUUGGUUGGUUCUGUGCCCCACAUGUCUCCGAAAUCCAAGAUACCCACGAGUGGUUGCUACAAUGCCUUCGUUUAACGGCAAGCUUUAUAUGCGCCAUGUGCAUCAUGGUGGUACAGAUUGGCUAUGAAAAGGAGCUACUCAGGAUGAUCAAUAAUUUUCUGAAACUGUUUCGUCGAGUUCGUUGUUUGUGGUCCAGGAAAAAGUUUGGAUUUGGAGGUAAAAGGGAGUUCUUCCUGCUGAUUUUCAAGUUCAUCUGUUUGGUCUACGAACUGUACUGUGAGUUGUGCCAACUUUGGAAUCUUACUAAUUGGUUGGCUCUGUUCACUGUGUUCUGUGAAAUAAUCCUGGAGGUUGGCUCUCUGAUGAUCAUACAUAUUGGAUUCUUUGGUUACCUCAGUGUGGCUGCUCUUUAUUCCGAGGCUAAUAAGUUCGUGCGGGUUGAGUUACGACGGCAGCUGAGAUCCCUGGAAAGUCCUGGCGGAGGUCCUGUGAGUCGACGUCAACUUAGAAUCGUUGAGAACCGCCUGGAUGAGUGUAUCUCGGUUUAUGAUGAAAUCGAACGUGUGGGACGUUCAUUUCAUCGCCUCUUGGAAGUUCCUCUGCUUAUUAUUCUGAUAGCCAAGAUAUUUGCCACAACCGUUUUGUCCUAUGAGGUCAUCAUUCGCGGUGAACUUUACCCCAGUAAGGUGGGAAUGUGGGGUUUGGUGGUCAAGAGUUUUGCAGAUGUCAUACUUCUCACCUUGGCGGUCCAUGAAGCGGUCAGUAGUUCCCGAGUGAUACGACGUUUGAGCUUGGAGAACUGUCCUAUUAGUGAUCACAAGGAGUGGCAUGUGAAGUGGGAGCUGUUCUUGAGUCGCCUGAACUUCUUUGAAUUCCGUGUCAGACCUUUGGGCUUGUUUGAGGUGUCCAAUGAGGUUAUCUUAUUGUUUUUGUCCAGCAUGAUCACCUAUUUUACCUAUGUAGUACAGUAUGGCAUUCAAACCAAUCGAUUGUGA